CUCUGCCUCGAGAGUAUCCAGUUACACAUACACAGAACGAGAGAGGGAGCGUGCAUUUAUGAGGGCCACUAUGUAACAGGUAGUUUAGAACAUACAAGAAGAAAGCAAACACUCGUAGAAAAAAGGCAACUUGCAAAAUAAAGGAAAACAGAGAGGGAGGGAGGGAGAGGAGAAAGUUUGAGUAGAAGAGGAGAUAACUAGUCACUGAGCAACAGACUUCCUCCCAGAGUGCAUGAGGAGUCGACUGAAGGGCACAAGAGUAAAGAACAAUUGACUUCCACUGAGGACAUUCCAGCUCUACUAAGAGAAAAUUGGAUCUUUUUAUCCACUGAGUUUCAUCUGACUUACACUGUUUUGCUGUCACGUUGCAUUGCAGGCAUUCUGAGCCUGUAUAAUGGCAGAGGCUCAUCAGGCAGUGGCAUUUCAGUUCACGGUCACACCGGAUGGCAUAGACCUACAGUUGAGCCGUGAGGUUCUCAAACACAUCUACAUAUCUGGAGUAACAUCAUGGAAGAAACGUGCCAUCCGCUUCAAGAACAGUGUUCUCACGGGUGUGUACCCCGCCAGUCCCUCCAGCUGGCUAAUUGUAGUUAUUGCGAUAAUGAGCACCAUGUAUGCCAGGAUCGACCCCUCCAUGGGCAUGAUUGAAAGGAUCAAGACAUCUCUACCAGUGAGUGAAUUCAUGACCGUUCAGACUCAGAUGGUGUUGAGUGCCAUCCUGUUUGCCACAGGCCUUUGGUUAUCUUUCAUCUUCCUUCUGCGGUACAUCCUGAAAGCUCUCCUGUCCUAUCACGGCUGGAUCUUUGAGUCACAUGGCAAAAUGAGCUUCUCUACUAAAAUCUGGCUGAGUCUCGUAAAGCUGUUGUCUGGUCGGCGGCCGUUGCUCUACAGCUUUCAGGCAUCUCUGCCCCAUCUGCCAGUACCGAGCAUUGAUGACACAAUCAGCAGGUAUCUAGAAUCAGUUCGACCUCUUCUGGAUGAUGAGCAAUAUAAACAGAUGGAAAUUGUCGCUAACGACUUCAAAAAGGACCCUGCCCCCAAAUUCCAAAAACACCUCAAACUCAAAUCCUGGUGGGCCACGAAUUAUGUGAGUGACUGGUGGGAGGAGUAUAUCUACCUGAGAGGACGCGACCCCAUCAUGGUCAACAGCAACUUUUACACAAUGGACUUCCUCUAUGUGAUCCCAACACAGAGACAGGCUGCACGAGCAGGAAAUGUAGUUCAUGCCAUGCUGCAGUAUCGCCGAAAACUAGAGCGAGGAGAACUUACCCCGCUGAGAGCUCUUGGGAUUGUCCCUAUGUGCUCUUUUCAGUAUGAGAGGAUGUUCAACACCACUCGUAUCCCUGGAAUUGAGACUGGUAAAGACAUUUUUCAUUUAUGUUUUACAUACUAUUUGACUAUAGAUGAUAGGCCUAGAGAUUCAUGGAUGCUUAUUUCAUGGUUUCUCACACGCCUUUGUUUAUGCUCAGAUUUUGUGCAGCAUCUGAAGGACAGGAAGCACUUGGUGGUGUACCAUCGAGGCCGUUUCUUUAAGGUGUGGUUGUACUAUGGUGGUCGCCACCUUUGGCCCUCAGAGCUUGAGUUGCAGUUUCAACGUAUCCUGGAUGACAAAUCUGAACCUCAACCUGGAGAGAUCAAGCUCCCUUCUCUGACUGCUGGGAACAGGGUUCCUUGGGCCAGGGCACGUUUAAAGUAUUUCAGGGACGGUGUCAACCGGGCUUCUCUGGAGGCCAUUGAGACGGCUGCUUUUUUCCUGACCCUGGAUGAUGAGGCGCAUGGAUAUGAUCCAGAGAACAUACGAUCCCUGGACCUCUACGCCAAAUCUCUACUGCAUGGAAAGUGCUACGACAGGUGGUUUGAUAAAUCUUUCACUUUGAUCGUCUACAAGAACGGUAAAUUGGGCGUCAACACUGAGCAUUCAUGGGCUGACUCCCCUAUCAUUGGACAUAUGUGGGAGUAUGUUUUGGCCACAGACUGUUUCCACCUGGGAUAUACUGCAGAGGGACACUGCAAAGGAGACAUCAACAAAAGCCUGGUGCCCCCUACUAGACUACAGUGGGACAUCCCAAAAGCGUGCCAGGAGAUUAUUGAAGGUUCGUACAUGAUUGCAAAGGGAAUUGCUGACGAUGUGGAUUUCCAUGGCUGCUUAUUUAACGAGUUUGGGAAGGGCCUGAUAAAGAAAUGCAGAACAAGUCCAGAUGCUUUUAUCCAGCUGGCACUGCAACUAGCUCAAUACAGGGACAAGGGUGAAUUCUGUCUGACUUAUGAAUCCUCCAUGACACGCAUGUUCCGUGAGGGCCGGACGGAAACCGUGCGCUCAUGCACCUGCGAGUCCACUGCGUUUGUGAAAGCAAUGGACGACGAGAGCAUAACGAAUGAGCAGAGGUUAGAACUCUUCAAAAUUGCUGCUGAGAAACAUCAGAACAUGUACCGUCUGGCUAUGACAGGAGCCGGGAUCGACCGGCAUCUCUUCUGCCUCUACAUUGUGUCCAAAGUAAUGGGCAUAGACUCACCCUUCCUCAAACAGGUUUUGUCUGAGCCUUGGCGUCUCUCCACCAGUCAGACCCCUCAACAGCAGCUCAAUCUCAUCGACAUUCAGAAGUUUCCCAAGUACGUGGGAGCAGGAGGCGGCUUUGGGCCUGUUGCUGAUGACGGUUACGGUGUUUCUUACAUCAUUGUCGGCGAGAAUCUCAUCACAUUCCACAUUUCCAGCAAGUUCUCCAGCCCUGAGACGGACUCGUUCCGCUUUGGCCAGAAUAUCAGACAGGCCAUGCUGGACAUAAGAGCUCUAUUCAACCUGAAAGAGAAGAAGAUGUGACUCCUAUAAAUGGCUGACGCAAAUUGAAAGCAAGAGUUUUACAAUAAUCUGAACAAACACCACAAAGAGCAAAUAUUAGGUUAUGUUAGCAUUAAAUAAACUUGUAAAUAUAUUGUAGUUAUUUAAAGCAAGAAUGUGCUUAGUAAAAUGGUGCACUUAGAUAUUUUAGAGCAAAAUGGGAGGGGAAACAAAUGUGUACAAAUUUUAUUGUAUUUAAUUGUAAAUAUUUUAGUAUGUAGUCUUUGGCUAAUGACUGUAAAUAUUAAUUGGUGCAUAUUCACUUUUAAAAUAUUGAAUUUACCCUGCACUUGAUUAAACAGAAAAGCUGUACAUAAAAA